ACCAAAAGAAUAAAUUCAGUUCAAUUUCUUAUUAUAAAUUCUCCCCCUUCUUAGCCUCUCACUCUUUUUCCAUUUCAAAAUUUUAUUUUAUUAUUAUAACAUUAUAACAAUAAUAACAAUAAUGAUCUGAACACAGCAAGCAGUUAACCUAGGGUUCCAGAUCCAACGGCCACCACCACUUCACCGUCAUCACUCACCGUAACGGCCGCCACCACCACCACCACCACCACCGUCUGAUGUCACCAGGUACAUACAUAUAACAUACACACAUGUAUGUCAUAACAUAUCGAAGACUUUCGCUUUCUAAAUAACGAAAAGUGUGUUCCUAGAACAAUCCGGAUCUAAUUCGAGUAUAUGACCGUACGAUCCUGUAAUUCUGUAUCGAUUAUUGAUUAUAUGUGUGUACAAGUGUAUGUAGAUGUGUAAUUUUUAGCUGUUGUUGGGGAAUUAGGGUUAGGGUUUCGAAUUGACGUCAUCGGUGUUGAAAAUUGUGAGAUAGUGACGGGAGUUAGGGGGGAACGGUUGCCGGAGGUGGUGAGGACUCAUCGGAAGAGAGUACGGACGGUGCCGGUGCCGAUGCCGUCGGUGGAGAUGAGGAGGACUACUAGGGUUUUUGGGGCUAGGGUUUUAAGGUCAGGGAGGAGGUUGUUUAGUGGUCCAGUGGUUUUUAAACAUAUGCGAAGAGCUCCGUUAGCUGCUGCGAAUGUUGGAGAUGAUUGGAUUGAGUUGCUGGAUAACGGCGGUGGUGGCGGUGGUGGUGAGUGUAAAGAGAAUGGAUGGCGUAAUUCUGAUGAUGACGCCAUGAUUAAGUUAGGGAGAUCGAGGGAAGUCUGUUCUGUUAAGGUUGUUGAUUGUGAUGGUCAUGGUCGGUCUUUAACGGAGAAUAGGCGUUGGGGUUUGGUUUAUUCUAGGAAAAGAACGAGGAGUGAAUCGAUCGGAUGUGGUGAUUUAGAUAAAAAAUUUGGGAAAAAGUUUUCCAGGAAGCAAUCUGGAAAGAACGAUGUUGCUGACGUGUCACCCUCGUCUGUUUUGAUACCAGAUGUCAACACCACCGAGACUCUUUUAUCUUUAAAAUCUAAGAAAAAGAAGCUAAUGCGGGUCUCGGUCUCUAAAUCAACCCGCCUAAGAAAUCGUGUUAGCGUACACCAUGGCAUCCAAAAACGACGAAGUUCUUUAAGAUCAAGUAAACUAAGAAACCCUUCAAAUUUUGGAAAUUUCAAAUUUGACUUUCCAAUGAAGUCAAAUCCAGUGAUCUCAAAUCCGACUCAGAAAACUAGUAUUAAAGAACUCAAGGAGUUAACACAAGAUAUAGAUUCCGCAAGUUGCAAUGCAAGUAUAUUAGUGAUAGAAUCUGACAGGUGUCAUCGAGAGAUCGGAGCUGUUAUCACAAUGGAAAUGAUUGGUCCCAAACAAUGGUUUCUUGUAGUUAAAAAAAACGGGGUCGAGAGGUUUCGGGUCGAGGCUCUAAACGUAAUGAGACCGUGUUUUUGCAACCGGGUCACUCACGCCAUAAUAUGGGCUGGCGGUGACGAAAGUUGGCGACUUGAAUUUCCGAAUCGACAAGAUUGGUUUGUUUUCAAGGAAUUGUACCGAAGAUGUUCUGAAAGAACCGUACGUGUGCAGAGUUCGUUAGCAAGCAUCAUACCCGUGCCCCGCGUGAACGAAGUAUCAAACUACGCAGAUGAAAAAUACGUACCGUUCAAGAUGCCCGAUUUGUAUAUCAGUAUGGGAGGUGAUGAAGUUUCUAGAACGUUGGAAAAGAGUGAUCCUGUUUACGACAUGGAUUCUGAUGACGACGAGUGGUUAAAUAAGUUUAACGAUGGGUGUGAAUCGUGUGAUACAAGGGUUGAUGAAGAUAUUUUUGAGAAAAUAAUUGAUGCUUUUGAACGAGGGUUUUAUUGCACUCCAGAUGAUUAUUCUGAUGUAACAACGGUUGUUGAUCGGUGUUCGACUCUGGCAUCAAAGGAUGUUUUGAAAGCUGUUUUUGAUUAUUGGUUUGCUAAACGGAAGAAGCGUUCUGCACUUAUACGCGUCUUUCAGCUUUACAAACCGAAAAGAUUCGAGCAACUAAAUUUCAAAUCGGUUCUGCGCAAGAAGAGGUCGUUUAGACAACGUGGGACCCAAGCUGGAAGAGGAAAGCAACUAACUUUCUUGAAAGCGGCCUUAUACGAAAAGACAUUAACUGCGGCAACAGAGGCAGAGGACACCACUACCAAAGUUGAAGAAACCGAAGCGGCGGCAAACUGGGCAGAACAGGCGGCAGUUGUGAAGCGGCAAAGAGCCCAGCGGUUGAUGAAGGUUGCAGACUUACUAACUUACAAAGCGGCGAUAUCAGUUAAAAUUGCAGAAUCUCGAGCAACAUCUGAUCAUACUAAUGAUGAACUUUUUUUAACCGGUGAAUAGCUCGUCGGGUUUUAGUUGAUGUUUUGAUUUAGCGAUAAAAAAGGUGGUCGUUUUAUAUAAAGACGAGGUUGGAGACGUGUUCUUUUAAAUUAGUUUUUGGAAGCUUUGGCAUGAAAGCUUUUGCUGUACAUAAGAUGUAUGCUUGUACAUUCUGCAUCACCAGUAGUACUUUACGAAAACUAAAUGCUGUACAAGCAGAGGUUUGGUAGUUUUUCUAAAAGUUAUAAGGAAAGAUGGGUUAAAAGUUAUAACUUAUGAGAGGCAUAAAGAACUUGUGUCGGUUUCA